UCUGCUCUCUGAACUCUCUGCUUAUCUUUGUAAUGGCAGAAUUAUUGAUGGAAACGUUUUGAAUCUCAUUAGAUAGUGAAGAGGUACCUUUAAGUGUAUAAAUCUAAAAUUGAUGACAAUUUUAUUGCAUCUUAUUUGAUGUUCAAAGUCCGAAGACAUAAAAUUAUUGCUUUCUUGUUGCACAUUUAAAACAAAUUUGAAAACAUAGUAGAUUGUAGGGUGGGGUUUUUAGUCACAUCUCAUGAGAUAAUACAUGCUCUUCCACACACUCCGACACACGUGACUGAAGAUGUUGAUAGUAGUGUAAUAAACAACCUGACCUGGCUCAACCUUUAUCGCAAAGGCAUAAUACACAACUUGGUUGUCACAUGUUGCAGUUCACCUCAAGACAAUGAGGGUGAGGCAGAUUUAUGUUACAGAGCAAUAGUAUAUAACAACACUGGGGUAAUGCCGACAAUCCAAAGAGUUCUUCAACAUGACCGUGACAAGUGGAGUAAUAGAAGAAGGUAAGAUAGAGAGCGUGUCCCUGCAUCCACUUGGAGGAAGAGGAGCAGGAAUGGCCACCACUCAGGAGCAGGAGCUGCUAUGCAUCUUUGGGACAGGAGAUUUGGGACGUUCCCUGGGCCUGCGCCUGCUGCAGAGCGGCUACAAGGUUGCAUAUGGCAGCCGAAGACCUCACAGCUGUGGCCCUUUGCCUGAAGGAUCCCGGGUGAUGAGCCAUGAGGCGGCAGCCAAGGCAGCUCGACUCAUCUUCAUUUGUGUUCACAGAGAACAUUACACAUUCAUGGAGACACUGGCACCGUAUCUGGAAGGAAAGGUGUUGGUGGAUCUCAGUAAUAACCUAAAGAAAGGCAUGUACCCUGAACCCAAUGCUGCCUAUUUGCAGAGACUGGUCCCUGGAGCAACUGUGGUGAAAGGCCUUAACACGCUGUCUGCCUGGGCUCUGCAGAAUGGUCUUCUGACAGGAAAACAGGUCUGCCUGUGUGGCAAUAGUACAGAGGCAAAGCAGGCAGUGGCAGAGGUGGCCACCAAGAUGGGCGUAACAGUUUUGGACAGGGGAUCUCUAUCUGCAGCCCAAGAGUUGGAAGACUUCCCCCUGCAGCUGUUCCCCGAGUGGAGGCUACCUCUCCGCAUUGCUGUCGGCCUAACCGCCUUCUUCUUCUUCUACCUCCUCAUCCGAGACGUCAUCUAUGCUUAUGUAGAGCAGGGGAAAGACAUCUCCUAUAGGAUUAUGGUGUCCUUGGCCAACAAGGUGUUUCCCAUUGUGUCGCUUGUCAUGCUAUCACUGUGUUACCUGCCUGGUGUGAUAGCCGCCUUCUUUCAGCUCUACAGAGGAACCAAGUACAAGCGCUUCCCUAACUGGCUGGACCGCUGGAUGCUUUGUAGGAAGCAAAUGGGCUUGGUUGCUCUGGGCUUUGCUUUUCUCCAUGCCAUCUAUACAUUCAUUAUUCCUAUUCGCUACUCGGUCAGACAUAAACUCAUCUCCCGGGUGGUGAAUGAGAUGAAGAACAACAAAACCACCCCCUUUGACUUUAAUUAUACAGAAGCAUGGGGAACAGACUCCUUCUACGUCCUGGGCAUUCUGGGCUUCUUCCUUUAUGUUCUACUCGGCCUGACAUCACUGCCCUCUGUGGGAGGCUCGCUCAGCUGGAGGGAGUUCAGCUUCAUUCAGUCUAAACUGGGCCACCUGACCUUGUUCAUAUGUACAGCGCAUGGCUACAUUUACGGCUGGAAUAAAUUCCUGCGCCCAUCUACAUACAAGUGGUACACGCCUCCGGGCUACAUGCUUUGUCUGGUGGUGCCCUCCGUUGUGCUUGUGCUCAAAAUGCUAAUCUUGUUGCCGUGCGUGGAUCGAACUCUAACCCGCAUCCGUCAAGGCUGGGAGAGGACUCCGAGUGAGGAGACUGGCAAGGCCACGGCCACAAACCUGUAACCGUCUGACCAGUGGGUUCAUCUCAGAUGAACUCAUUUCGAUAAGUGGUGGAAAAGACUUGAAUUAACUUUCUUCGUGAGUAGUGUUGAUUGGAUUUGCGCAAUCAUUCAGUAUUGUGGAGUGUCUACAGGGUAGGUAAAGCACAUUAUUAGAUCUUUUAGACAAGUUAAAGUUUGAUUUUGCCUUUGAACAAGGUAACUUCAGGCAUAGGGACAUGCAGUCGAGGAUAUUAGGAUUUCUUUUUGUGAGCUUUGAGAGAUUGUAUGUGCUUGUUGUUCCUCUUUCAACUGAAUAUGUCAAAAAUAGAAUUCUAUCCCUCGACGACACACAUUGUUUUGAUGAACAGAAGCAAUCAUUUUCAUCCUAUCCUCCCUCCAAGUGGAGCAUCCCCAAAGCUGCUUCGUUCUCAUUGCCCAAAUCUUCCUCCCUCUCAAGGGCACUGCACACACAAAAUUAGAAUAAAGCGCUCACCACACUCACCCUCAGCUGGUUUGAUUAAACACACUUCACACAGUUUAAAUUGGUACUACAAGCUGACAGGUUUCGCAAACAGAGCGUAAAAACAUUAUGGUAGGUAGUGGUUCUAUGAAUCAGUUGAUUUGUAGUUCAGUCUCAUUGAAGCGCUGUCGUUGUCAUCUCCUCCUUAAAAUUUUCUAUCCAAUGCCACGCAGAGCUAUCUUCCAAAACAAGAACAUACAGUACUUUGUUACAGUAAAUAGGAAACACUCGUUUGUGGCACUGAUGGGAAAAAAAACUAAAAAACUUUGCGAUCGAUGAUCAAAAAAGAAAAGAGAAAACUUCUGUUUACCAAUUCAUCCUCUGUACUGCAUAUGCGAACAACCUUUCACAACUAUUAACACUUUAAAGUCUUCAAUUAGGGCCUGCCCUGAAUGCAUGUUUGUGGAAUGCAGGAUUUGAACGCACAUCGAGGGAGUUAAUAUGUAUGCACAUGUCUUGUUCACUUGGUCUGGCCUGAUUUUUGCAUCUUCACAUUUCCCCCUAACAGUUAUCUCCCACUUUCGUUGUGAAUGUGGCUUUUACGUCAUAGUGUGCUCCAGCUGUGAUACAGGCAGAUUUUGGAUGUGUGGGUAGUUAUUAUCUAAACUAGAACACCUACUCUCGCUUCAAUCACACCCCCUAAGCUACAGCAUGAAACUUGUUUCAACGAGUGGAGAGCAAUUGGUUCCUGUGGUGAUGGUGAUGCCUGGUUGUCAAGAAGGAAGAAAUAAUUAUCUGAUUUAGCUCAUAUUUUUACUGAUUUUAAGGCCUUUUCUUAAGCAAUAGCUUUAAAAAAUAUAUUUUAAAAUUCUUCCCGUGCUCAAGUUCCACAUUCCCAGCAAGUUUAAUGAAAGUGAGAUUCAGUCUCUGAAUAAAGCCAGCCAGACAAACGGAUUCCAGUGAAUUAUUCCAUGAUAUGCAUACUUAUGACAAAAAGUCUCGGGCUCGGACACCUCAAAAUCACAAAGUAUAAUUCCUUGUUUCAUAGUACACGACUGCUAAUGAAGGAACCUUGGUGUCCAAAAGAUUGUAUUAUCCUUAGGUUUGUACUUAAAUGUAUACAUGCCAGUCAAUGUGAAAAAGAUGUGACCUGUGACUUUUAGGUUUACAAGGAAGUUCUCAAAAAUAUGAAAUUCCUGACUUUAUCGUCUUUAGAAAAACAGUUUCUUUGGGGGACACAGCCUUACAGGCGCUGAUGAUGACAGCCUUCAAUGAUUGACAAAUGGUAGAGCUGUAAGAUAUAUAGGCACCAUAUGUUUUUUGAGCAGAUAUGGACCGCAUAAUCUGGGUGGGCCAAAAUAGC